AUGGCGGUUUUGGGAUUUGAAGUUGAUACGGUGAACUCUGUCCAGUUUUCAAACCACACAGGUUAUGCCCACUGGAAGGGUCAGGUGUUAAAUUCAGAUGAACUUCAUGAACUGUAUGAAGGACUUAAGCUGAACAAGGUCAACCGGUAUGAUUAUGUACUCACAGGUUAUACAAGAGACACAUCAUUUCUUGCAAUGGUGGUGGAUAUUGUCCAGGAGUUGAAGCAACAGAAUUCUAACCUAGUAUAUGUAUGCGAUCCAGUGAUGGGUGACAAAUGGAAUGGAGAAGGCUCUAUGUAUGUGCCCGAGGAUCUCCUCCCAGUCUACAGGGACAAAGUUGUACCUGUUGCUGAUAUAAUUACUCCUAACCAGUUUGAAGCUGAGUUACUCACGGGCAGGAAGAUUCACACAGAAAAAGAAGCUUUAGAGGUAAUGGAUAUGCUCCAUGCCAUGGGACCAGAGACUGUGGUGAUCACAAGCUCAGAUCUACAGGCGCCUCUAGGAAACGACUACCUAAUUGCUCUGGGAAGCCACAGAAAAACUAAAGCAGAUGGUACCAAGAUGACACAAAGAAUUCGAGUGGAGUCUCCUAAAGUGGAUGCUGUCUUUGUUGGAACAGGAGACUUGUUCGCUGCUAUGCUUUUGGCAUGGACACAUAAGCAUCCAAACAAUUUGAAGGUCGCAUGUGAAAAGACUGUGUCAGCCAUGCAACAUGUUCUGCAAAGGACCAUUAAGAGUGCAAAAGCACAAGCUGGAGAAGGAAACAAACCAAACUCAGCCCAGCUGGAACUGAGAAUGGUCCAAAGCAAAAAGGACAUAGAAAACCCAGAGAUCAUAGUGAAAGCCACCGUGUUAUAAAGGCUGUACGUCUCCAAUAACGCACAAUGUAUUGAUGUCCUCAUUUCUUUCCUGUAAAUUGUAAUAUUUGCCUUAGAUCUGUGACAGAAACCUGACUUUCAUGAAAUAGUGCCCAGCAUAGGCAGAUAUCCACUCUCAAACAUAUGUGCUGGCCUUGCUCAGUUUUAAAAACAAAACAGUUAGUGUGCAUUGAAGCAUAUUACCAGGUAUCAAAAUGGCUGUCAAAUUCACUUAGUCUGUGUAAUUACCCAGGGCAAGAGAGUACAGUGUUCCUGCCUUGCCAAAGACUUUAGAUGUGAAUUUGCUAAUGGAAUGCUUGACUGACUGGAAAAUAUAUUUCAAGAUGGCAUCUAGUGCCAGUGGAGCUGGCUCCAUCCUCCCUUUUCCUGGAGGUAUCUGGUUACCUACUCUGGUAUUCAGUAUCAUCUCAGCUGCUAUGAAACUAAGCAGGAUUAAAACUGCACACAAAGUUCUGGUUUUGUGUAGGAGUACUUUGAAGAUGUUUGGCAUUUAAGUACUCUGAAGUGACCUUGAGGUGUCAUUCAUGUUACUGAUAACUGCUCCUGUUUCUUGAAUAUGAACAGCUACACAGUUUCAGUUUUUGCAAGUACUGGCUGCUUAUUUCUAAUGUUUGUGGGUGCCCACAUGAUUUUCUUCCAAAAGCUGCUCCAGAAACAUCUUCAUUAAUAAGAUAAUAUCUUUAUUCAGUAGCACUGAUUAGAAGUUUGUAGUUCUACCUCCGAGGCCAGGUUUGAUUCUUUCUUUAGUUUUUAACUAAGGACAAACAUUCUGUAAGGACAAAAGAGAAAGCAGCUCUUACCCUGAAAGCUGGCUACCCUAGUUUGCUUUUCAUGGGUGGAUGUAUUUACAAACUACGUAGGGUACUUCCAGUUAGCAACAGUGAGCACUAUUGGCAGGCUUAUCAAUGAAGCAAUGUGGUAAAAGUAGUAUUUUUAGUUUUAGUAUGUUUACCAAAUGCAGUGUAACAUACAAAAUUAAUUGUUCAUAAUGUAAGUCUCUGCAGCCUACACUGAUUAGAGAUGACAACAAUGCAUUAUUAUUAAUGCAUCUUUAUUUCAAAAUUCUGCUUCAUAAGGCUUCAAAAUGGGAUUCUUAGUAGUUUCAGCGUCGUAUACAUCACAGCCACAUAUUGUACCAGUAGGGCAGAUAUGCUGACAGGAACUGGCCACUCGUACUUCCGUAUGAUUUCUGUAUGGGACUGAGGUUUUGCUUCUCCCAAGUUGAGGUCUAGUGUGUUGUUAAAUCCAAAUUCAGUUGAUGAGCUUUAUUUGUCUCAGAUGGCAUAGGGAGAUUAAAAUUGCAUUUCUGCUUGCAGUGACAUGAAGCAAAUUUGCAUUAGAAGAAAGGGCUGAGUUUUUCUUGAUUACCUGAUUAUGCUCAGGAAACUCACUCUUGGGUAUCUCCCAGAUACCUCUUCUGCAUCUUCCUCAUCACGCCUGCCUAACUGAUAGUGUCACUUGCAUAGCUUGGGAGUCCCCAGAAGAGCCGGUUUGGAGAUUGCUUUGGCCACUGAAGUCUUCACUUAUCCCACCAUUUUUGUGGAUUUUCUGCCAUUGUAAAAGUUAAUUGCUUUCACCUAGUAGAAGAGUAAUUUAUCCUUAAAGUGAAUUUUUAGAUGAAUAGGUUUUUUUUUUUAAUAGAGUAAGAUUUCAUAAUUAAUACAUUUCUGAAAUCCCUCAUUUUCAGUAUCUCUGAAGCAAAUGAAAUUUGAGAGAUGAACAUGUUUUGCAGUAAAUGUAAGAGGCAAACUCCGGGCUUUCACUCUCAACAACUAAUAAUAAUUUUAUUUCCUCUCAUGCAUUUGUCAUUAAAAAUGAGAAAAAAAAUUCAUAUGACUUGAGAAUUUUAAGGGGAAAAAAAAAACAGAAAUGACCUACAAAACGUGACUCUACUGCCACAGUUUUUAGUAACCACUGCCAUGAAAUAACUUUCUAGCAAUAAUAAUUUUGGUGAUGUGAACAGUUGCUAAAAUUAGCAGUCAGUAAUAGAGAUGAGCUCAUGGCUGAUAUCCAACAUGUAAAAAGACAUGAACUAUCUUAACAGUCCGUAUAAAUAUCUGAUGGGAAGCAGUGAAGAAGAAGGAGCCAGGCUCUUCUCACUGGUGCCCAGCAAAGGGAUAACAGGCAGUGGGCACAAAUUGAAAUACAGGAAAUU